GACAUUUUUGAAGGUCGGUCUGAGCUGAGGUUAGAUUGUGCAGAAUAUUAUCUCGCCCUGUCCUUCUACCGUUAACAUAUUCAGUCGGAGAGCAGGUGCGUGCAGAGACUAUACGUUGCAUCUGCGGUAAAACGAAUUGGGGAAAAAUGAAUGGAGAUCUGGUCGCGUUCGCCGGUUUACUGCGGCUCAACUAGGCGCAGAUCAUAUCAAGGAGUCCAAACAGGUACCACGGGAGGCUUUACUGGACGGACAGCAUCCCACUGCAUUAUGGACUACUCUGUAUUGAGAUGGACUGCAACUUAGGCAUCGAUCCGAGACGUUGUGCGUUCGCAGGAGCUAUUCGCCCAGUUUGAUUCACAUUACUAAUUGCACAGUAUAUCGGGCCAUGUUGUCUGCGUUCAACACGUUGCCUGAGAGGAAGCUGGAACAGGUCACUGGUUCACUCCAUCCAUAAUUUAGGAUGACGCCUCUUGGUCACACCUGCUCUAUCUCCUCCCUGUUUCCUCACCCAGUCUCCAGAGUUGAAACGCCUCAUCAACAGGCUGAGCGCUCCUGAGCACUCGCUGUGACCCUCCAUUUCCUGGCUGACGUCCCGGGGAGGUGAUGCGACGGUUUGCCUACUGUAAGGUGGUGCUGACCACCUCUUUAGUGUGGGUGCUGGUGGAUGUGUUCUUGCUGCUCUACUUCAGCGAGUGUAACAAAUGUGACGAUAGGAAAGACCGCUCGCUGCUCCCGGCCCUGCGAGCGGUGAUAUCUCGGAGCCAUGAGGGUCCGGGUGAGAUGGGCAAGGCAGUAAACAUCCCCAAGGACAACCAGGAGAAAAUGAAGGAGCUAUUUAAGAUCAACCAGUUCAACCUGAUGGCCAGCGACAUGAUCGCACUCAACAGGAGUCUGCCAGAUGUGAGGUUGGAUGGCUGUAAGACCAAGCUGUAUCCGGAUGAGCUGCCAAACACCAGCAUUGUCAUCGUGUUUCACAACGAGGCGUGGAGCACCUUGCUGCGGACAGUUCACAGUGUCAUCAACCGCUCUCCCAGACAUUUGCUGGUGGAGAUUGUGCUGGUCGACGAUGCCAGCGAGCGAGACUUCCUGAAGAAGAAGCUGGAGAACUAUGCGCGGACUCUGGAGGUGCCAGUGAGGAUCCUGAGGAUGGAGCAGCGUUCGGGUCUAAUCAGAGCCAGGUUGAGGGGGGCUGCCGCCACCAAAGGGCAGGUCAUCACCUUCCUGGACGCUCACUGCGAGUGUACUGUCGGCUGGCUGGAGCCCCUGCUGGCGCGCAUCAAAGAGGACAGGUCAGCAGUGGUGUGCCCUAUCAUCGAUGUCAUCAGCGAUGAGACGUUUGAAUACAUGGCAGGUUCAGACAUGACCUAUGGUGGAUUCAACUGGAAGCUGAAUUUCCGCUGGUACCCAGUUCCCCAGAGGGAGAUGGAUCGACGCAAGGGGGACAGGACUCUGCCUGUCAAGACUCCCACCAUGGCAGGAGGAUUAUUCUCUAUACACAAAUCAUACUUUGAAGAAAUAGGAAGCUACGAUCCAGGGAUGGAUAUUUGGGGCGGAGAAAACCUGGAAAUGUCUUUUCGAAUCUGGCAGUGCGGUGGCUCGUUGGAAAUAGUAACAUGUUCACACGUGGGCCAUGUUUUCCGGAAGGCCACCCCGUACAGUUUCCCCGGAGGAACGGGCCAAGUCAUCAACAAAAACAACAGGCGCCUGGCCGAAGUCUGGAUGGACGAUUUCAAAGAUUUCUUCUAUAUCAUAUCACCAGGCGUGAUGCGGGUGGACUACGGAGACGUUUCUUCCCGUAAAGACCUCCGUGAGGCCUUGAAGUGCAAACCGUUUUCCUGGUAUCUAGAGAACAUCUACCCAGACUCCCAGAUCCCAAGAAGAUACUACUCACUUGGUGAAAUCAGAAAUGUUGAGACCAACCAGUGCGUGGACAACAUGGGGAGAAAGGAGAACGAGAAAGUUGGCUUUUUCAACUGUCACGGCAUGGGUGGAAACCAGGUGUUCUCUUACACGGCGGAUAAAGAAAUUAGGACGGACGACCUCUGUCUGGAUGUCUCCCGCCUCAACGGACCCGUCGUCAUGCUUAAGUGUCACCACAUGAAGGGCAAUCAGAUGUUCGAGUACGACGCCGAGUAUGUUGGCAAGUGGGAAUAUGAUUUUGAGAAGCACACCUUCCUCCACAUGAUCACCCAAUCAUGUCUGACCAUCAGCCGCCUGGAGGACGGCACCUACGGCCCCACAGUGGAGCCCUGUAACAAAAGUCCCAUGCAGGCCUGGAUCCUCCACAACUACACGCGUCAGGAAGUGGCUAGACGCCUUUACUUCAGCCCCACUGAUUAUUUUCUCUGAGCUGUGGGGCCUGAGGUGAGCAGGUUAGCACAAAUUAGGCUGAGAGCAGAAGGUGGUGGUCAUUUUAGCUGCUCAGUAGUGAUGUAGUUUGUCAUGAGCAUUGUUAGAAGUAGAUUAGUUUGACCUGUUCGGCCUUCAGUAGGCACCUUUGUAGCUGUUUUUAGCUCUUUUUUUUCUUCUUUUUUUCUUGUUUUUGUCAGUGAGGGCUGAUGAAUGCAGAGCUUGUUGUUAUGAUGUUGAUCUUUCAGGUAUCAGUCAGAAUGUGCAUGCAAAUUGUUUUAGGAAGCACUAAGUAGCUUUUACCGGUGACCUUUCAGGGGGAACGUAUGAAGACGGGGGCAGAGGCACACGGAGCAAUGACAAAUGUUCCAUCAAGAUGGUUCCGUGUAUAAUAUGCUAUCUGCAAGACCUUUAGCCAGUCUUCAUGCUAAAUUAGAUCUCAUUUGACAUUUAUUUUCCAGCAUAAAUAUUUUAUUGUGAUGUGAAAAUCCACCGGCUGUCCCCUGGACUGGCUGCGUCUGGUGAAUGAUGCCCGAGAUGCAGAAGGACGUGUUAUUUUUAGCUGAUUAUCUACGUACAGGACUAAUUGAAACGGGCUUACCAUUGUUCGCAAGUUCUUUUGAAGUGAUCCUUCAUUGUGAACCUGCCUUUCAUGGUCUUGGCCUCUCAGGCCACUCUCCUAUUGGCCUGAAGCAGCUGUGUGCACUGUGUGCCAUGUACAUAUUGUAAAUCCAAUGAAUCCCAAUUAUCAGUGCUGUUCACCACUCGGCCUGCAGCUUAUUUACAUACUUUCAUAAGGGACGUUUUUUUUUUGGGCUCAGUAUUUCUGUCUAUUUCAGUGUUGUUGCUUUUCUGCUUUUCCCAGUCUGUCAAUUUCUCCAUAGCCCAUUCCGUUCUGCUGAGUUAUAUGCUGUUUGCCCCUCAGAGUCCUGUACCGUUGUGUCUCUCAAAAAACUAAAGAGCAAUUUCACUGUAGCAUGCCACAGUUUUUGUGUGCAAGCAGGGUAAAUUGGGUAAGGAGCUCCCAUGGCUGCUGGUGUGUGUCAGAGUUGCGGCAGGAGAGUGACCUGCUGUUAGAUGGCCAGAUUUGCUGUUCACACUCAGAGGUCCUCGUGGUAUAGCCACCACCAGAGGAGAGCAAGUACACAAGAGCAGAGCAGCAUUAGAGCAAAUGAGGCUGUUGCCUGACUCUGCCUUGAGAAAAAAAGGAAUCUGCUGCUUUUGUAUUUCCCACAAAAAGAAAAGCAGCCCAGCCCUCUAGAUCAGCAGAGUCAGCACAAGAUCACGCCAAACAGGAACUCUUGUGCCUUUCAGCAAGUUCACUGCGCUUUCUUGGUGACAAAAGGAUAAUGUUCCUCAACCGGGACUUGCGGUUAGAAACCGUCCUCAUUUAAUUAGCCGGUCUCAGCUGUGCACACACUCAGCGACUUGCUCUGGAGACGCUAGUUGGUUUGCUCGGAGGCUGAGAUGGGAGUUUUCUCAGCCCCAAAGGAGGCAUGAAAUAAUUACGAGCAAAGGACAAGACCUCGCCAUUUCCAGUAUUUUUUAUUAAAUGUGGAAUGGUUUUUCCACCUUCCACCGUUAUACUCCUCUUCUGUCAUCUCUGCCGCUAGAGCGGGUUUGGAUCUUUGAAUGAAAUGAAAUGAAAAAAUACUGUUCUAAUUAUUGCCUAAGCCAUGCAGGUUCUAAUGAUUGACAGAUUAGAUCUACCUCCAGUUCGGAGAGGCUCCAUGUACGAAUACGCCUUUAAAGAGAAGUACUUGCUGAUUAUACUGCUUCUCAUUUACCAAUUCUUUACCUAACAAGCUGCUGUUAAAAAUAAAAAAUGUUUUUAUCUCUGUAGUCUUGAGCUAGCUCAUUGUUUUUUUCUUUAGUUUUUUGGCAGGUGUUGUAAGGUCGAACAUCACAUGCUCUCUUUGUUCUUGUUCUGUUUGAACAAAUGUGCCCUGUAGGGCGGUUCGCAAAGUGUACUUCAGGAAAGAUGUGUGUGUUUGUGUGUGUGCACACACUUCUUUGUAUCCAGGCAGAGAAUGUCAGGCCCUUGUGUUUUAUAGCUUAAGAUCAAAUAUGGCCUGAGCGUUUCUGUGUGCUCAUUAGUCUGAAUAUCCUCUGUCAACAGUCAAAGCACAAUCUUGUUUUAAUGAAGAAAUAUUCCUCCAUCGCAAGAUAAAUACUGCUCAUUUUUUAAUGUUGCAUGCAUACUGUGUUUAUAGAUGCUCUUAUGUGCACUGCUCUUUAGUUUGAAAAUGACUCCCAAGAUAACAUGGUGCAGACAGGUGAAACUAAGGUUAUCUCUUCUUUUGUGAUACUUUAUGUUGCGCUGUAAAGUCCAAUAGCCAGUUUUUUUUAAAAACCUGGUAGAUGUUAUUAUUUCCAAAAAUUCACAACAUGUUUUUAUCGAACAAAAUAUUCAGCUUCAAUCUACAUUUGUUGUUUUUUAGCCUUUCAAAAACAUUUCUACUGCUGUCUAAAACUGUCUGUUCUCCCGCUUGUCUCACACAAACAGAGGAACGCACUGACGCCUUAUUUAAAAAAACUAAAACUUACUGAUUAAUUGCUUUAUUCAAAUUGAGGAUUUUGAUCAAAGAUCAUUGAUCUGUUUCGAGCGAUGUCAUAGAAUAUGACAGACAUUCAAAGUUUCAUUUAAAACCCUCAAUAGAAGCUCAAUGUUAAAAAAAAAUGAUACAGUCAUAGUCUUAGUAGCGUCUACAAUUUUAUUUUUAACAUAAUUUUCCCAGUUUAUCUCUUGCCAUUGUUUUCUUAAUUAAGCAGCGUUUCUGCUUCUCCUUAAAAAACAACUUCAGCUUCUCCACUUCUCCUCUACUUCUCUGCAUGGGAUCAUUAGGACGAGAGAAGCAACUCAAGUGAGCAGCAAAAUUGCGGAUGCGUGUUACUUCAGAGGCAAUGAACACAAAUGGUUAAUCAAGGCCAUUGAGAGCUCUCUUCCAGUUGUUAGUAGGGAGUGCUAUCUCUGGAGCCUUUGUGGCAGAUAGCCAUAGAUUUCUGUGGUACUUGCUCAUGUGGUGCUUGAGUUCAGCUCAUCACAACAGGUGAGUUUUUUCCAGUCUGGACAUUAAGCUCUGUCUUCUGACUUUUCUGGUUUGUUUGAUAGAAGAGUAAACAGACAGAAGGGAGACGGAUGUUACUAAUAACGUAAAUAAUGUCUGUGUUCUAUUAAAGUUCUAUUUUUUUAACCUUUUGUUUCGGUGAAAUGAACAUUAUUAACAAUGCGAGAAGCAGUGACUUCCCAUCAUUUCUGUUUUGCUAAUAAUUAAGUAUAUUAGCAUCUUGGUCUGAUAUCUCUGGUUGGGCUUUUCAAGAGGUGGUUUGGACAUUUGGCCUCCUCCUACUGUCCCACCACCUGACUGCACCUCUGCGUCCAAUGUUUGCUGGCAUUUUAUCCCCGGAUUAGGCUGCCAACACUUAACUAAAAUUACAAACUAAAACACUGAGCCGGAAGCAACAGAAAACGGCCACAAGCUGCAGACUAAGGUGUCGCUUAUCAGUUGUAUCAGCGCCGCUAGCAAACCUUUUUCGUUACAUCAACCCAUUUGAUCCAAAAUAACCAAAAUAUUGCUUAGUGCAGCUAGUCUUAUUUGUAAAACAUUUUGAUGCUUUUGAUGGUCAGCAAUCGUUCA